AUGGCUCUGGAUCCCUUGGCAUCUCUGCGCUGGUACAACGCGGGUGCUCUUGCAGGCCUAGUCUCGGCAGUUGUCUCCAAUCCUGCCGAUGUUGUCAUCACUCAGAUCUCCUCAGGAGGUGAAGACACAGGCCGUGCUUCGCUUGGAAGUCUCGACCUUUGGAAGGGUCUUGGAGCGCGUUGUGUUUAUUUCGCAGCAGCCAUUUGUGCGCAGUUCUUGAUUUAUGAUACAGUGAAGGAGUUGUUGGGCGUCAGUACCGGAGAUCUUCGCCUCGUUUUGGAUGUCUUCGGCAUCUCUGCCAAAGCUGAGAGUCUCCUUGGCUAA